AUGACGACGCAAACGGACCCUCUGGCGAAAUCGGUCCGCGGGACGAACCCGCAAAACAUGAUGGAAAAAAUUACGAGGGAUAAAGUGUACGCGAUGACGUUUUGGAAAGAAAAGUGUUUCGCGGUGUCGGCGGAAACGCUGGUGGAUUUAGCGGUGACGGAUUUGACGCAAAUAGGAGGGAUAUACGGAGGGAACAAUCGAGCGACGGAGUUUUUGUGCUUAGCUUUGAAGAUGCUGCAAAUCGCGCCGGAGAGAGAGAUUGUGAUUGAGUUUAUUAAGAACGAAGACCAUAAGUACGCGAGGUUGUUGGGGGCGUUUUAUUUACGACUGGUUGGGAACUCCGCGGAGGUGUACAGAUAUUUAGAACCGUUGCUGAACGAUUACAGGAAAGUACGGAGACGCGUGAAAAGUGGCGGGUGCGAGUUAACGACGGUGGAUGCGUUCAUAGACGAGUUGUUGACGAAAGAUUUUUGUUGCGACAUCGCGUUGCCGAGACUGGCGAAACGGUUCGCGUUGGAGGCGACGGGCGCGUUGGAGGAGAGGAAGUCGUUGUUAGAGGAAGAGGUUGGUGAAGGCGAGGAUUUCGAGACGGUGAUUGAAAAAGCCGUGGACGAGGAGAUGGCGAAGAGGAGAGCGAUGGCGAUGCCAGGGGAAACGGUUAACGUAGAUGGGGACGAUGGGGAGGCUGACGGUGCCGCUACGAAGAAGAAGCGAAGUUUAGAAGAAGAAGAAGAAGAAGAAGAGGGAGAGAAGAAUUCGAAGAAAAAGAAGAAGAAAACGGAAGAUAAAGAGGAGGACGUGGAGAUUGCCGAAGCGAACGCGUUGCGUUUAAAGCUUGGUUUGAAACCGUUGAGAGGUUGA